AUGCUGCAUGCUAUACUUUUUGUGUUAUCACUUGCCGGAUGUCUAUCAAUUCUAACUGCAAUCUGUACUGUAAGUCAUGUUACGGUGACUGGACAAUUGGGUUGUGGUGAUCGAGCAUUAAAGAAUGUGAUAGUGGAAUUACGUGAACAUGAUAGUCUUAGUCCCGAUGAUUCGCUAAAUAAAACUACAAGUAAUAACAAAGGAUAUUUCUCGAUCUACGGUGAGGAAUGUGAAGUUGGUAGUAUCGAACCGUAUCUGCGAAUUACCCAUAACUGCGAGGAUGGUAUACUUUCUCAG